AUGGCGACCGGCGUGGACCGGCCAAGACGGCGACAUUUUGGCCUGCUACCAUGGAGUACAAUAGUUCUCCUCGUAGCGAUCGUCUUUGGCUUCUUCUUCAAUGAUCGUCUUUCUUUAUUUUUGAGUUCUAAUCGAUCGGCGCAACCAAAAGACAGUUCAAUCUGGUGGUGGAGAUGUUCGCAAAUCCACCACCCCUUCAUGGAGGGCUGUGAACAUAUCUGGCUGGAUCAUCGAGACCGAAAGCUCUAUGGUGCCUGUACCAAUGCUACGUUUCCAAAAGAUUGGAACCCUGGCGGCGCUGCUACGACUACGUGGGCAAGAUCUCGUCGAGAUCAUAUUGCGGUUUUGGAAUUGGAUCCCGCCGGUCGGGAGAAUGAGUACAGGAUUCAACGACUCGACAUUCCAGACAACCUUCAAAAGGAGUUGAAUUUACAUGGCUUCGAUGCGCGCCGUGUCGGUAACAGACUUCGAUUCUGGUUGACGAACCAUACGCCAGUCCUGGAUUCGACAACAGGCAAAGCGCUGGAUGUUCCAACGGAAUCAAGUAUCGAGGUUUUUGACCUGGACCCGAAAUCGGGCAAACUUGUCCACGUUAAGUGUAUUUCCAGUGAGGCCCUGGAUUCUCCCAACAACCUGGCAGUUGACCAAGAUGGAAAGGGAUUCUUGGUGAUCAAUGGCGGUCGCACUAAGCUAGGACCUUUUCGUGGUGGUCCCUUUCAAUUUGGCAGCUCGAGUAUUUCCUACUGUCGAACCGACACGGGACUGUGCCGAACGGUUGCCAGCCAAGGCUUCGAUCUCGCCAAUAGCAUUGCCAUGGGCCACGACGGCUUGGCCUAUAUUUCAAUGUCGUCAACUGGGACGCUGGCUGUCUACAAAAUGGCUGAAAAUGAACUGACUCAAAUCGAUGCCCUUUCGCUGGGCUCAGCACUUGAUCAUCUUUCUGUGGAUGCCCAAGGGAACAUUCUCAUCACUGCAUUUACGGAUCCUGUCGAAUUGCAAGAAGCAUCGACGAACCCACGAGCCUCUGUGACUGCGGGUACGGUCUUGAUGGUCCAAAAGAAGAACGGCCGGUCGAAAAAGUCGGACGAGGAGCAGUAUAUACUUCAGCCGAUGCUCGAGGACGAAGCUGCGAAGCUCAUGUCAACGACAAGCACAGCCGUACACGAUGUUCAGUCCGAUCGCAUAUUCCUUGCUGGAGUUUUCUCUCCGGGCAUUAGUAUAUGUGAGAAGCGAUCUUGA